CGUUGUGUUUGAUUUAAGCAAAAAAAGAAAAACAUUGUUCGAUCAUUCGUCAACUCGGUGGCUUGGCAGUCCCGUAAUAAUUCUCCAGCGCCGGCGGGCAUCACGUGCAUGGUGCUGUUGUUGCCCGUUGUGGCGUCGACAACGACAGGAGGUAGCAUCGAAAAUGAUGAUGGCAAGAAGUUUUAUGGACCUCAUCUGGGACUAUGCGGUGUUCGUGGUGUUUAUCAUAUUUUCCACCCUGGUCCCGCUGUGGGGUCGAUUUUUCGGCAAAAAGGAGAAAACCAAGGCUGACUACGUGUUCGGUCUGGGAACGAUCUCGAUGGGUGCCAUGAUGCUGUCCAUCGCCCGCGGUACACUUGGUGUGCGAUCGUUUCUGGGCUAUCCUAGUGAGCUGUUCUAUCGCGGCUCGGCCAUGUGGGAAACGCUGUAUGGCAUGGUGACCGCGUAUCCGGUCGUGUGCUUCAUCUUCAUCCCGGUUUACUUCAAUCUUGGCGUAACGUCGGUCUACCAGUACCUGGAUCUGCGCUUCAACAGCCGGUUAGUGCGGUGUCUUGCGUCUGGUACGUACAUCGUGCGAUCGCUGCUGAACCUGGGAGUCACGGUGUACACACCGACCGUGGCUUUGAACACCGUCAUCGGCAUCCCGUACUGGGCGUCACUGAUUGGCAUUUCUGCGAUCAGCAUCGGGUUCAAUUUGUUGGGUGGUCUGAAGGCUGCGAUCACGGCUGACGUCAUCCAGGGCGUCACGAUGAUCGUGAUUUCGUUGGGUAUUAUCGUGCAAGCGAUGAUCACGGUUGGAGGCUUCGAUAAGAUUUUCACCAUCCCGGCGAAUGACGGACGGUUAAGUUUCUUCAACUUCACCGGAGAUUUUAGCGUGCGCGUGGACACCACCUCGGCCUGGCUAGGUCAGCUGUUCAUGUCGCUGAGCAUAUUUGGGUGCCAGCAGAACUUCGUUCAGCGAUACCUCAGUAUGGGCACGUUUAAGGAGGUGCGCCGUACACUGAUGAGCAACAUUCCGGUGGUGAUCGUGCUGUUCUGCCUUGCCUGGAUCGUGGGCAUGGGCGUUUACGCGGUGUACGCCGUGUGCGACCCAAUGAAGGCGGGCUACACCAACAAGAUGGACGAGAUCCUGCCGUUCUUCGUGGAGGACAAAUUCGCGUACUUGCCCGGAAUUCUCGGGAUCUUCAUGGCAUCGUUGUUCAAUGGCGCUCUCAGCUUAAACGUUUCGAACCUCAAUUCAUUGGCCACGGUCACCUGGGAGGACUUUCUGUCGCACUUGCCCCGCUUCAAGGGCAUCAGCGACAAGCAGCAACUGAACGUGAUCAAGUUCAUUGGUUCCAUCUACGGCGUUAUCGUGAUGGGUGUUGGAUUUUCGGUCGGUCUGCUAUCUGGUGUCAUCGAAAGCAGUAUGCUGAUGACUUCGGCCACGUCUGGUCCACUGCUGGGAGUGUUCCUGCUGGCAAUGUUGGUCCCGAUCGCGAACUGGAAGGGAGCUGCUUGCGGAAUGAUCGUGUCACACAUCAUCACGCUCUGGAUUACGUUCGGUAGCCUGACGGUGUCGAAAGAGGUUGUACUGCUGCCCACUACUAUCGAGGGUUGCACAAACGGAACAUUCUCUUCGGGCAUCAUGAAGCCCACGAAGUCGUGGUUGCUGGCAAACACACCGCUGGAGGUGGAAUCGGAGUAUCCAUACUUUGACACUACGCCACAAACGCCGGCAGUAGAACGGCUUGGCUUUCCGGAAAACAUUUACUCGGUGUCCUAUAUGUACUACAGCCUGAUCGGUACGUUCCUGACCGUUGCCGUGGGUACUCUCGUGAGCGUGCUGACGUCUCACGCGGAUGACGCGUACGAUCGCAAGCUGCUGCAUCCGAUCGCGUACCACUGCAGCAAGAUAUUUCCCGGUAAGGAACGCCGGUAUGUCCUUAACCCGGACAUUCGGCCAAAGGAUGAGGAGUCGGCCGGCAUCGACCCGAAGAAGGCACCACUCGAAGAUCUAGAGCGCGACAAUCUUGGCUUCGACACAGUCUCUGAGCAGUCCGGUGUGACGGUGGUCAGCAUCGAUCCAAUACCGGUGAAGUUGGACGGUAAAGAGGUGUACCGCAAACAUGACACUGAAACGGGACACUUCUAA